CUGGCGCUGUUGCCCGGGGCAACGCCGAGGGACGGGGGACUAGGAGGAGAGGACUGCGGAGAUAGGGGGCAACACCCCCUGCCCGCAGGGGGGCGCCUGGGACUCAGCCCUGGCCGGCGGCCGCUGCGCCGAAGGCUCUUCCUCCGCCCUCGGCCACCCCCACUCCCGCCCCAGCUUGCAGGGUCUCCCGCCCGUCCUCCACCCGCAACGGAGCAUUCCUGGUUGGGGCUCGGGCCGCGCUGCACCCCCCGGGUCGGCGAGGCCGGCCCCUCCCACCAACCCGGGACUGGAGGCUGAGGGGGCGGGUGCCGGCGCGAAAGGGCUGAGGCGGGCUCAGCGGCCCCGCCCCAUCGCCGGGGUCGGUGGGCUGCGGGGUGUGGGGCGGUGUUUGCGGGGCUGUGGGCACCACCCAUCAUGCCCGCACCCCCUUCUCUCCGAGCGCUCCUUUCCUGGCGCGGCCCUCCGGCUGGGGCGACCACCCCCAACCCCUAGGUGUUCCCUCAGUCCCAUCCUACCUCUGGGGCCCUGCAGUCCCCCUUGACCCGCGGAGCCCGUCCGCAGCCCGUCUUCUGUGCCUCAACUUCCCCACCUCCCGCUUUUAUCUCCCACCUUCGAUCACUGCUCCUGUCUUGGCCAGAGGUGACCCCCUAGACAUAGUCAAGAGUUAAAUUGUUAAGUGUGAAGCUAAUGCAGCCGGGGCAAUUUCUGCUCUGUACUCUCUUUGCCAUUUAGGGUUGAGGAGGUGUUUGGAGGCACCUCUCGGUCAGCCUCAGAGUCUUUAGUAUCAACUUUCUGAAACGCUAACUGGGUUGGUGUUGGUAGAGCCGGGCCGGUACGUCGUGCACAAAUUGAUUUAAUUGUGAAGUUGUCGUUUUUUACUUUGUACAUUUGUGAUCUUGAUCUUUAGUGCUGUGCAAUCCCAAGUCCAGUAAUUUAUUAAGGCUGGUAGCCUUUCAUUUUCGUUUGCCUUAUGGUUAAGAAAAAAAAGUCUUAAUCUUUUUAAUUUGUAAAAAGCUGCAUAUAUUCAUAAUGGUCUUACUGUUACUUUGGAAUAAACCGCUCUAAAGGUGCAGUAGUACCAUUUUCCUUUCUCCAGGCAUUUUAAGAUAAAACAGUUUCUCCAGUAGAGUAGUCACCGUGUAUAAAACUGUUGAGGAAAAAUUAAUAAGAAAAAAACCCCAAAACUAUUUUAGUGAUUAAAGACUAGAAGACACUUUUUAACUUAUGGAAUGGGAAUAGGAUUUUAAAAAAAACUUGCAAAAUGUAAUUACUUCGCGAGUUUAGUGUAGUCUUGGUAUACCUUUAUGGUCUUGAGAAAGAAAUAUUCACGAAGAACCACACGUUUGUCAGAAUGCAAAGGAAAGCUGAAUGUAAUCUUUUGGGAUCCAGGAAUCAUUUUUGCUACUACUCUUGAACCAAGGGAACUAUAUAUACUUCAAAGGUGUUGUGAAUGUAUUCAGAGUAUAUGAACGUACUUGGAAACCUUUUCCCUCUUUUCUUCCCAGAUAGACCUUUGGUCAAGAUCUGUUUCCCUUCUGCACUGAUGGUCAGCAGCAUUUAAUAUAUACCAUAUAAAAUUAUUUAGGGUCCAGUUAAUGCAGCUUCUGCACUACUUGAAAGGUUGAUGUCAGUAGUUUGGAAGUAAGAAUUCACACUUUUGGUAGAGAAAUCACUUUCAUUUCAUCUUCAAAUUUUACAGGCUUAUAACUGGUCUGUGAACAUUUCAAGCUUAUUUUCUCCUUUAUUUUACUACGAAAAAUUUCAAACAAUGAAGUAAUUAGCUGACCACCUACGCAGCAAUAACUUUUCCAAGGUAGCUGUUAACAUGGUAUAUACUAAGAAAAAGAACUGAAAUGAUCAAGUUGGAAAACCAGCAAAAAUAUAUAUCAUACCAAAAUAUUGUAAGGAACUCAGUUUCUUUUUGCAGAUGGAAAUAGUGUUUAUAAAAACAAUAGUAAGUUAAUUUACAUGACAUUUACAAAGCAAUCUUGUGAGUGACUAGGAAGUCAUCAUGUUUGUAAAUCAAGGCCCAGCUGAGUAAGCUCCAUUUUGGUAAUAAAAAAAGAAAUCAAAUGAACUUGUACAAAUACAAGUUUGUUUUAAAAUUGGACUCCUGUAUUAAUAGUUUAGUACUUGAUUUUUAAAUGACCAUCUUCUUUUGAAGACAGGUCCAAAGGACCAUCACUUAUUCAGUGUUUUAGUAACAUACUUAAUAAAUUGGAUCAAUCUUAUGUAUGUUGUUUUGGAAUAAGUAUAUUUUUGCAAUGGAAAAAGAAAGCCUACAAAUGGGAACUUUUUAAAGAACUGUUUCAUGGAAAAUGAAGUAAUUGUCUAGAAACAUUUAAGUUAGUAUUUUGAUAGGAUUCAAAAGUGUCUUGGGUGGUGUUUCAUGGUGUUGCUACCAGAAUAUUUGAAAACAGACCUUCAGUUUAUAAUAAAAUAAUAAUAAAUGGGUAUAAGUUCACAUAUGUGUAUGUUACAUUUGGAAUUUUUCCAUAUUUAGGAAAUCCCUGCAUUCUUCUUUGAGUAUUUGAAUCCUGCUUUUCAGUUUUAGUAUACCCUAAAUGUGUUUUUCUUACUUAACCUCAUUUAUAUAACUAAUUUCUUAAAUAUUGAGAUUAAGAGCUGUGUCGCAGAAUUUAUAGAUCUCAGAUUGCCUUGUUAUUAUUUCUCCAUAUUUCAUUUGGCAUGCUUAUGUAUGGUUAAUUUACCACACACUGAGAGAUUAAAGAGAACAGGCAGGUCAUAGUUUUGGAACUUGAAAAAAAUAAGAUGUUUACCUAUGUUAAAAAAAAUUUUUUUUUUAAACAUUUAUUCAUUUUUGAGAGUGAGAGAGACAGAGCAUGAGCAGGGGAGGGGCAGAGAGAGAGGGAGACACAGAAUUGGAAGCAGGCUCCAGGCUCCGAGCUAUCUGCACAGAAUCCGACGUGCGGCUCGAACUCACGGAGUGCUAGAUUAUGACCUGAGCCGAAGUUGGACACUCAACCAACUGAGCCACCCAGGAGCCCCAAGAUGUUUACAUAUGUUUUCAUUGAAGUUCCAGUUUUUUUUCUCUGCCUCCUUCCCUCUUCUCUUCUUUCGUUCCUAUUUUUAUUUUUAUUAUAAAAGUUAAAUGCUUUAAAAUCAAUUAAAAAGACUAUAGAAAAGAAAAGUCACCAAUAAUUCCAUGGUGGUUGAUACUUUGGAAAAUAAAUGAAACUUUUGUUUCUUCUAUAAAGCCCUACCAAUCAUUGCAGUUCGAUGGUCUCUAUUGCAGUACAUCUGUACCUGUACCUAAUCUUACAGUUCUUGAACUUCAGACUUGGUUACCCUAAAUUAGAAGAGUCCUCCAAGGUCUGGAAGAAAAAUGGAAAAGAAUAAAUAGAGGACAGAUUAGAGCAACAACAACAACAACAACAACAACAAAAACAAGAGAAGCAAUUUCUCACUUUUUCUUAUAAGUAUAAAUGUAAUCUUAGUUACUCAUGUGAAACUUCAGUAUGGCUGACAAAAUAUGGGACCUCCCAAGUUUUUUCUUUGGAAUUCAAAAUAUCUAGGUAAGAAGUUUACUUAGUGAGUUUCUACAAAAAGUUUCCAAUUUCUCCAUUUUGGAGGAUAUUACAUAUUUAACUCUGAAAUAUCAUGGAUGACAUUAUUUCUUAACUAUUCAUAUAUACUUAUCAAGCUAUGAAGUAUAUAGAUUUAGUUUAUAUAUCAUCACUUACUAAAAACUUGAUAUUGUCUCCUCCUUUUGAAGGUUCUAAUUAAAAUGCUAAAAUUUUUAAUGUAGGUUUUUUUUUGCCAUGGUGUAGUGAAAGAAGAUUCAUUUCUUUUGGAGGCAGAUAGUCUGGAUUUCAGUCACAAAUCAGAAUUUUCUUCUGUGGAAUCUUGGGGCAAGUUAUGUAAUCUCUUUAAAUCCUAGUUUCCUCAUCUGUAGAAUGAGGCUAAGAUUGUCUCACAAGGUUGUUAUGAAGAAGAAUAAGACAAUCUAGCUCAUGUUUUCUGGCCAGACUUAUGGUCAUUCCCGUGAGACUUCACUGCACAUUUUCUCAAGUGUGUUCCUCAUCCCUAAUGUGUAAUCCUUCAACAUGGACCUGCUACUUUAGCUAAGAUAUGACCAGCAAUGAAUAGUAGUAAGAUAUGUGCUGAUUAGAAGGCUCACAGUACGGAGUGGAGGAUAAGACAGUGCCUUACAAAAAUGGGGUUUGGGAGUGACCUGAAGAAUUCACAUGAAGCUGUGUUAAAAUUGCAAGACUGGGAAUUACGAUUACUGGAAACAGUGAAGAAAUUUAUGGCUCUGAGAAUAAAAAGUGAUAAAGAAUAUGCAUCUACUUUACAGAACCUUUGUAAUCAAGUUGAUAAGGAAAGUACUGUUCAAAUGAAUUAUGUCAGCAAUGUAUCCAAGUCUUGGCUACUUAUGAUUCAGCAGACAGAGCAACUUAGUAGAAUAAUGAAGACACAUGCAGAGGACCUAAAUUCUGGACCCUUACACAGGCUCACCAUGAUGAUUAAAGAUAAGCAACAGAUGAAGAAAAGUUUUAUAGGUGUUCAUCAGCAGAUAGAGGCAGAGAUGAUCAAGGUUACAAAGACAGAAUUAGAAAAAUUAAAGUCCAGCUAUAGACAGUUGAUAAAAGAAAUGAAUUCUGCCAGAGAGAAAUAUAAAGAAGCUUUAGCUAAAGGGAAAGAAACCGAAAAGGCCAAGGAACGAUACGACAAAGCCACAAUGAAACUUCAUAUGCUGCAUAAUCAGUAUGUAUUGGCAUUGAAAGGGGCACAGCUUCAUCAGAAUCAGUAUUAUGACACCACACUUCCUUUGCUUCUGGACUCCUUACAAAAGAUGCAAGAAGAAAUGAUAAAAGCACUAAAAGGUAUAUUUGAUGAAUACAGCCAGAUAACCAGUCUUGUUACAGAGGAAAUAGUGAAUGUCCAUAAAGAGAUUAAAAUGUCAGUUGAACAGAUAGACCCUAGCACAGAAUACAAUAAUUUCAUAGAUGUUCACAGAACAACAGCUGCUAAAGAGCAAGAAAUUGAGUUUGAUAUUUCCUUACUAGAAGAAAAUGAAAAUCUUCAGGCAAAUGAAAUUAUGUGGAAUAAUUUAACAGCAGAAAGUUUGCAAGUAAUGUUGAAAACCUUAGCAGAAGAACUUAUGCAGACACAGCAGAUGCUUUUAAACAAGGAAGAGGCUGUCCUGGAGCUAGAGAAGAGAAUUGAAGAAUCUUCUAAGACCUACGAAAAGAAGUCUGAUAUUGUGCUUCUGCUAAGCCAGAAACAGUCACUUGAAGAGCUGAAACAGUCAGUCCAGCAGUUGAGAUGCACUGAGGCAAAGUUUACAGCACAGAAAGAAUUACUAGAACAAAAAGUACAAGAAAACGAUGGGAAAGAGCCACCUCCAGUAGUAAAUUAUGAAGAAGAUGCACGAUCAGUUACAUCUAUGGAAAGAAAGGAGAAGCUCUCCAAGUUUGAGUCUAUUCGUCAUUCAAUUGCUGGAAUAAUUAGGUCUCCAAAAUCUGCACUGGGCUCUUCAACAUACUCUGAUGCAGUCUCCAUAAGUGAGAAGCCCCUGGCAGAACAGGACUGGUACCACGGUGCAAUUCCCAGAAUAGAAGCACAAGAACUUUUAAAACAACAAGGAGACUUCUUGGUGCGAGAAAGUCAUGGGAAACCUGGUGAAUAUGUCCUUUCUGUAUAUUCUGAUGGACAAAGGAGACACUUUAUCAUACAAUUUGUUGAUAAUCUGUAUCGAUUUGAAGGCACUGGUUUUUCAAACAUUCCUCAACUAAUAGAACAUCACUAUACAACAAAACAGGUCAUCACUAAGAAAUCAGGUGUAGUUCUGCUGAACCCUAUUCCUAAGGAUAAGAAAUGGGUUCUCAAUCAUGAAGAUGUCACGUUGGGAGAACUACUGGGCAAGGGGAAUUUUGGUGAAGUAUAUAAGGGCAUAUUAAAGGAUAAAACCGCUGUUGCUGUUAAAACAUGUAAAGAAGAUCUUCCUCAGGAACUGAAAAUAAAAUUUUUACAAGAAGCCAAAAUUCUCAAGCAAUAUGAUCAUCCCAAUAUUGUCAAACUCAUAGGCGUUUGCACACAAAGACAGCCUAUCUACAUCAUCAUGGAACUGGUUCCAGGAGGUGAUUUCCUCUCCUUUCUGAGAAAGAAGAAGGAUGAACUAAAACUCAAGCAGUUAGUGAAAUUUUCAUUAGAUGCUGUUUCUGGUAUGUCCUAUCUCGAGAGUAAAAACUGUAUACACAGGGAUCUUGCUGCAAGAAACUGCCUGGUAGGUGAAAAUAACGUUCUGAAAAUCAGUGACUUUGGAAUGUCUCGUCAAGAGGAUGGUGGAGUGUAUUCAUCUUCUGGCUUAAAGCAGAUUCCCAUUAAAUGGACAGCACCAGAAGCUCUUAAUUAUGGGAGAUACAGUUCUGAGAGUGACGUGUGGAGCUUUGGCAUCCUCCUCUGGGAGACCUUCAGCCUAGGGGUCUGCCCAUACCCUGGAAUGACAAAUCAGCAAGCACGGGAACAAGUGGAAAGAGGAUACCGAAUGUCAGCCCCUCAGCAUUGCCCAGAGGACAUUUUUAAAAUUAUGAUGAAGUGUUGGGAUUAUAAACCUGAAAACCGUCCCAAGUUCAGUGACCUUCAGAAAGAGCUGGCUGUCAUCAAGAGGAAAAUCACACAGUGAUGGACCAGUGCCAACAGGCUUCAGGACCUGGUCCUCCAGCAGAGUGACAUUGUUCUUCUUGUUAACGUUGAGUUUAUACCACAUUACCUGCAACAAUUUUCUAAGGUGGUUUUUGUUAUUAACUGUUUUUUAAAUAUGCGCCACUUACAAAAAAAGGGUAGGGGGGAGGGCAAAGGCAAAUGUAUUCAAGAGACAGACACUCUUACCAAGGGCUUUAUGUGCUCACCACAGCAAUCCUGCCAUUUCAGGCCAUUGUAAAUAGAUAAGCACAGACUCUCAGUGUGAGGGAAGGUCAGAGCUUUUUCACACCAGGACCACUGAUGUUUCUCAAAGGUUCUCUACUUCAGGCACAGUUCAUGGGCCACUGUCCUAUGCCACUGACCCUACUCAAUCGGUGCUAAAAGCAGCAUUGGUGAUGCCAUGUUCGCAGGAUACAUUCCAACCAAAGGUGGCUCUUUGCUCUGCCAAGGCAAGAUUCUAUUUGUAAACAUCAUUUUAUAUUGGGAAUUAGUUGGACCUCUUAGGGUUUUUUUUCUUUUCUUUCUUGGCCAGAAAUAAGUACAGUGUGAGCAGCAUCACACUCCUGUAUUAUUAGUAAGGUAGUCAUUUCCCAGCUCCUUUGUCCUGGCUUUGGACAGUGAUGCACAAGAUGUCCCCAGAGAACACAGUCUUAGGCCUGAAGCAGCAGCUUUUAUAGGCUGUUUUUGAGAGUUGUGCAUGAAGGAAGCUUGAAUGGGAGGGAGGUCUGGAGGAAGGAGCAGCUAGACUAGCAAUCUAAGACAAGAGGAAAAUAGAAAAUCUGCCUUCUGAUCAGAGUUAUGCCUUUACAAACACACACACACACACACACACACACACAUAUUUUAUGAUCUAAAUUCACAAGAAAAGUUCUAAGGAAUGUUUUUCAGAAGUUCAUAGUUGGAGAUUUCUUAAUGGCAACAAAAAACUGUUUCGAGAAACUCCGAAGCACAAGUCCACAGUAAUCACAGCCUACUUCUGGUUAUGUACCUUCACCUCAGAGGAGGCAUGCUGGAAUUGCACUCCCUUCGCUUGUGUCAGUUUCCAGGGCUGAAAGAAUUUCAUGAUUCUAGUCCAUAAACAUAUUUGUGUGUGUACACACAUGAACAUGUGCUAUACACACACACACAACCAAUAAGCAGGAGUAACAGUUAAUAAGUUGAGGGACAGCCCUCCUGUUCCCCUUCCCCGUUCAUUUACCCUUAUAAUGCUACCUGGAAAUCCUUAUCUUAGCUGACAGGUAUGCGAGCACAGUUCUGGAGAUGCUUCCUGUGCAUAAUAUGUGACACAGAAUUAAAAGCAAGAUUCUGUCUGGCUGAAUGUUAGCUACAUCCAGGGAAGCUACCCCAUGUUGUGUAAAUAGUUGCCGCUCAGGAUAAAUAUGUGUGUAAGAGAUGGUCACUCUCAGGGGUCAGUGCGGCUUGGGAGCUUUUAAUAAGUGCCCAGGCCUGUGUCCAGAUAAAUAGCACCUUAGUGAUCAUUUGAUUAUAUCCAUUGGAAGAGCUUAUAGGAGAGAAAAUUCCUCCUGCCCUCUCUGGCUAUUCACUGCCUAUGAAGAUCAUGGCACAGAACCCGUACUUUAAAGAGUAUAAAGGAUAAUACUGAAGAGAAGAAAAUGGCUUGUGUCUAUCAUUUCAAUUUCCUUGCAAGUUUCGUACACAUUUAAUAGUUACUACAUCCAGACUAAAACAAAAGCGUAAUAAACUUGCCCUCAAAAAUACACUGCAAUAUACAAAGCAACUUUUUAAAAGUCAGCAUUGUCUUCCCUUCUGUCAAAUAUGAUAAGUAAAUGGAAGCUUCUUUUGAUGGCAUAUACUGUGGCAAAUCAAAGCACAGAGUCAUUAAUUAAGUGCUGUGGUCUUCAGGCACUUGCCAGCCUUCAAAAGAGAGAGUAAGAUGGGACAUUUUUACCCUUUGUCAGUAUUUCCAAAUGAAUCUCUUCAUAAUAUUCUUUGUUUGAAGAAAACAGCCUCUCAGCACUUAGCAGCCUCAGUGCUAAGCUCUCAGCAAGGAGAGAGAAUGACGGUUUUGGCUUUAAUUUUGUGAACAAGACCCGAAGCUUAAUCUUUGCUUUCUGGUGUAAAGAAUGAACAUGGCAUUGAUAUUUCACUCAUCCAGGCUGUUAGAAUUUGCAAUUCACAUCAUAACUCUGUGCUUAAAUUAAAGAAGCUUUUCAAAACAUCGUGACAUCUGCAGCAUUUAAAUUCUAUUUUAUUCUUUGUCCCAAAGCAGGCAGUGGUAUAGUUCAGGAUUAAUAACACAUUGGGAGUCUUUCAGGAUCAGUUGUACAGAAUAUUAAAUUUAAUAUAGGCACAUGCAUUAAGAAAAACUUAUGCAAACCAUUUUUUUUACUGUUAAUUUUGUUGUGCUUGGAGCAUAAUUUAUUCAUCCCUUCUGUCACUGAUAAUUAUUGGAAUUAUGUACUUUAGGAGGCUAAUCCAUACCCAGAAAGCACACAUACAAAUACUGUUCUGAAUUUGCAAGUUGAUGGAGGGAAGGAAGGCUUAAGAAAUGCACAAAACCCUGUAACUUGUUUAGUAAGAAAACAAUAACCAAAAUUGCCACUAGAUGGAAUGUAAUUAAGCCAGGUCACAAAUCUGUGUUGUUAAUGGAUUUUCCAGGAGUUGCAUCUAUCAUUCCUAUACAGUUCCUGUCAGAAUUCCUUCAGUUUAUUCCUUCAGAAUUCAGCACGAAGUGGGGGAGGGGGGACAUAAAAGCCCAGGCAUCCUGAUUCGCCCGCAUUUUUCUGUCUUGAAUCACUAAGGAAACUUUAUGACAAAUAUUUAGGUAGUUCAUCAUUUUUCAAGAAAACAAAUCUUCUAGUGUUAAAUUAACAUUUAUUCCCAAUAUUUGAAACCUAAAAUUAAUUUUGUAUUCCAUACAAUCUAAGGUUAUUUCUCAAAGCCAAUAUGUUUUCUCUUCCAGGAAGAUAAUAAUAAAGGAUUAAUAGGUUUUGUGUAAACUUUUAAAACCAGAGGCCUCAUUUCAGCCCAUCCUGUCACUGAGUCUCCAGUGAAAGGUCUCAAGCAAUCAUUUGUUUUUUGCCUCCCAAAUUUAAAACAGGCAAUAAAGUUCUUCAUCCAUAAUUCACCAUUUUAUCACAAAUACAAUAUUAUUGAAACAUCUUAACUAGCAGAUCAAUAUAGACCAUGAACCUAACUGUACUAGCUGUUGUUCAGUGCACAUUUCACAACUGUUUUUCAUUUGUAGGUUAUGUUUAGAAGAAAAGCUAUUGAAAUAGUUUUAAUUUCCUUUAAGCCACAAUACAGUUUUCCCAUCUGUGUUCUAAUCCUAUUUUGGUUUUGCCAUAUAGUUUUAUAUAAAGUUUGGCUAAUACCACUAAAAUAACUAUGUGAGAUUGUGUCAAGAAGAAAGGGCUUUCAUUAUAAUAUACGCCCCACACUGAGCACCUAGUUAGUGGGAUAAACAUACAAAUUACAACGCAAAACUCAAUGACAGAACACUGCUGUCAUUCAGAAUUAUCUCAGGCACUCCACUUGAACAUGAAUUCAUGCGAGUCAUCAGAUGUUCUGGGAGUGUUCCUGCCAGCCUUAGUUAGUAUUCUCUGUGGACACUAUUUUGUGGCCAUGGGUUGUCUGAGAGGAGAUUGAUAUCAUCUGAAAAGAGGCUCCCUGCCUCAGCCCUCUUCUUUUUUACACAUACUCCCUGGAUCACACCACUGGUAUUUUAGAUGUUUCUUAUCAACAGAACUGAUUGUCCGUAAGCACUGUUCUGAGUCAUGUAAAGACUGACUUCUGUAUUUAGGUCAGAACCCUCACACAAAACACAGAAUAGCACAAAACAAAAAGAGCAACCAAGGGGGAGACAUUGAAAACAACCCGUCUUCUUUAUGUAUUAAUAUGUUAAUUAAAUGGAAACAAAGAUUUUAUAUAAAAAUGAGUUUAUAUUACAUUUCCAUUAUACUAUUAAGUUAGCAUGAAAGUUUACCAUUAAAAUAAAGUUACCUCUUUUAUUACUAACUCUGAUUUGCUUAUGCAUACCAGAAAAUUUUUAUUAAAUAUUUUAAUUUUAUUUAUUUUUCUCUGUUUCAAUUAGUUUCACAUCAAACCUGAUGCUAUAUUAUUUGGGAAAAUCCAGAACUGCAUAUUCAUUUCUGCACAGGAAAAUACUCAUGUACAAGAUCAUCUCCUUGAAGGAGGUACUGAUAGUCUUGAGUCCUAUAAAAUUCUCCUUUCAAGAAUAAUGCUAUAAUACCGAAGGUAUAUAAACUAUAUAUCUCAGUCAUAAUUCAAUUUAAGGAAAUAUUUAUUACCCCUUGAAAACCAGUCUACGGCCUCCUAUUGAUUCAAAGAUUAAAUUCUGGAUCGCUGAGUAUAGACAUUAAGACUCACUUAGCUCACUAAUAAGAACUGAGAGUCUUGGCUGGUAGAAGAAUCCUGCUGAACUAAAUUCCGGUCACUUUAAACUGCAUAGAAGUAAUGAGCAUAGGCUAUAGUAUGUCCGUGAAUAAGGAGCUGAGGUGAGCAUCUGCAGAGGCAAGAGAGGAAAGAGCCAGUUAUUCUCAGGCAGAAUGAUGCAGCGGCUAACAGAGAGUGCGGAGUUGAGUCAAGCAGAAUGGAGACCUGGACAGUGUCACUAGAAAGUCUGAGACCAGCACCCCUAGGCUAGAUGCUUCUCCACAGAAAAUUCAAAAGAUACCGGAGUCAAAAGAAGCAAAAGAGGUCACCUACCAGUGUGUACAGGGCCUUAGUUUGAGCAAAGCGAACACCUCUCCCUUGCAUUUGGAGCAGUUUUACAUGCGGAACUCAGAGAUGAUGCUGCUUGGGUGACACUUGCAUUCAUGGUCUUGCUGACUAGGAUUUGGUCAUAGAUGUUCACGCAUUUCAAAGACACUACUCAAAGUCUCUUUACAUUUGCAUUAGUUGUAUUUACUAUGUAUUUAAACUAAGGCCACUGAGUAUUCAUACUUUGUAUGAAUUUCAAAGUAUCUCAUACUUUGUUAGAAAUCCUUAGUUGCGACAGGGCGUGGUCUCCUAAAAGAGAGCACACUUGGAUCAGCGGCGUUUCACCUUUUGACUAAUGUUCACUAAUUGGCUCCUGGAGUUAUGCCCUGAGGGACCUUCCUGGGAGGAGCUCUACUCUAGAAAAACAAGGAAUUCAGCAGGGAAGUCGGAAAAUGCCAAUUAAAGGGCAAUGAUUCUUGUCUUAGUACUAGUAACAUUUGAGGGAAAAGAAUCUUAGAGACAUCCUCAAGCCAGUCGUGGUGCAGUACGGCUGAGGUGACACAGAGGCAGUGAAAGAGACUCCCAAAACCGAGACUGAAGGCUAACCUUCCAAAGAAUAAAUACAACAUCAAUAAGAGAAAUCCUCCAAAGGGCCUCCAAAAGGGGGUGUGAGGGGCUUCCUGGAGCAUGUUAUUAAACAUUACAUUCCUCUCAAGUCUCUACAACAUUUCUUAAAGGACACUGAAUUGGAUAUUGAUGUGAUUUUCUUUUAUGCUCCUGCUAAUCUCAGGAGGUAGCCACUGAGGAAUGGGAAUUACCCUAGCCCGGGGUUUCCAAUAAGGCUGCAGACUGGAUGGCAGCUCAGUCCUCUCCCAAAGCAACACGCAUAUGCGUGGGGUAGGCAGCACUGGAGGAACACUGCUGGGAAAGCGCCUUUUUAGUUUAUUAAAGAAAUCUUGUAGUAGGUGUCUGUGCCCACAAUGUGAAGAUUUAGCUUCUCUCCUCGCCAGCAAACUUGUAAGAACCCUGAAACAUGAAUAUUUAUUUUAUUCUAAAUAGAUUCAAAUUCGGAAUUUCCAAACUAUCUUCCAAAACAUUACGAGUGAGACCAGCAGAUUCAAGUGUUCUACAAAGCAGUGUUCGAAGUGUUAGUAAUGACCGUGGUAGCAGAAUCUUAUAGUAUGUUCUCUGUCAGCUUUAUUCAUUUAGGAAGCUUUCCCUGAACAUCUGCCAUGUCAGGCACAGGGAACCGUGUGGGGUGCUACUUUCUCUGUUUUGUUUGUUUGUUUGUUAUUGUUGUUUUUAAAUUUCAGUUGGUAUUUCCUUUUCUCACAUUCAGUUUCUUAAUCCUUACUUAACCACAACAGAAAAGCCUUUAUCAUCAGCUUUUAUUGGAUAGUGUCAUAACUGCCCUAGACCAAAGAGUUUCUCCUCAGGUGCUCAGGAGGCCCUGCCUUGUAGGGAACUCCCAGGCAUCCAUUUACCAAGGCCAACUGCACACCCACUAUGGGAGAGGCCCCAUGGUACAUGCAGCUUAGAAUACAGCUUAGUUGUUGUCCUUGUGGCAGAGACAGGACAGUUAGGUGGCAGUUGUGUUUGAUGAGUAAUACUAUCUUGGAGAUUAAAAAAUCUCUUGGGAGAUUUUUCCCAGGACACAAAGACCACUGUGAGCAGGCGUGUCCAGGGAAGCAGCCUGUUGACUUGGCCAAGUAAGCUCCUUAAGUGAUCUACCUGCCUCCAAAGAAAUGUUAAAACAAUAGCAAUGAUCACUUUAUCUUAAACCCCUGGAUAUACUCAAUUUUUCCAUUCCUCUCUUUCAUGCCAAUAAUUUUUGUCACUUUCUUCACAUUCCUCAUCAGUAAAUGUCUAAAGUUACCAACUGUGCAAUGUUAAAGAGUUUCUCCAUAGAUUCAGAAAAGAGGGUAGCAAACCUGAAGUUGAGAAUAAGGCGACCUACCUAGAUACACAGUCCCAAUAGCAUCACUGUGUUAAAACCUCAGCUCUACUCUACACAUGCCCCAAAGCAGCACCUCUCCUAAAAAAAGCCAAACAUCACACCUUUCUCCCAUUUGCUGAGAACAUCUUUAAUAUCAGAAUAAGCACACUGUAGAUGCUAUCCAAAGCAGAUUCUAAAAUGACAUACUAAGAAGCCAGACUUUCGUCAUCAGACAACAGAAAUACCACUUCACCCUAUAUGCUCACUUAAAACACCCUUGCAAAAACUACAACCAUGUAGGCAAUCCAUCUGGUCAUAGGAGAUCCUACCUUAUUUUGAAAGCAUAUGACACAUAUCCACGGGAAAUGACAAUGUUCUGAGCAGCACAGGGUAAGGGUAAAGAAGGCCACAAAAAUCCCAAUUCCCACAUUGGAGCAGCAAAACUUUGUGUACGAAAAAUGAAGUGUAGGAGUCCAAACUCUCACUGUUGUCUUCUUAUAGCUCUUGUCAAACUGUUACAAAUUUGGGGUCUUUUGAAUUGCCUGAACAAUCCUUAUGAAGAUGAAACCUGUCCGCCCCCUAAACGGGGGCUCAAAUUUCUAAGUGCCCUGGACUCAAAACUUUAGGGUCUAAGAGGGGAUCUGGAAUCUAUUAUUACUGAGAUCCCAGGCAAAAGGACCACCCUAGCAGUCUUCGCCAGCUCACCAAUCCAUGCUUUUGUUCUUUUUUCAAUACAGAAGGUGAAAAAAAUAAAAAGAAAAACACCCUAUUAUGUAGGAAUUUUCCUUUCACAAAUAACUUGACUUGCAGAAAUAAAUUUGCCUGCCUGCUCUUAAGAAAUGCCAGACUGCCAGAAGGAAAUGCAAAGGGCAUUGUGCCCAGAACGAUGCUUAGUAUGACUGUGAAUGUUUUCUCCUAACCCAAAGUACUGCAGACUUCUCGUAGACUACAGGAUGCUUUGAAGGCCCAUGCCCUGCCAGUCUGAACUGCUGUGCUGUAGCUUCAAGCAAAAGACCAUUUCCAACAGAACUGAACUUAUUUGCUAUAAUUCUUCUUCGGGUGCUAAGCCUUUCACACGUGCAACGUACAGAAAAUAUACAUGUUUUAAUGGAACUUACUAUUUUGGCUUUAGAGAAAAAGAGAUUGGUUCCCCAUAGCAAGUAUCCUACCAUUCUAAAUCCAACCCCGGGUAUAGAUUUUGAGUGUCAAAUCAAAAUCACAGAUAAAGAGAAGCUAGGAAGGAAAAAUCUUGGUUAUUUUAAAUUUGUGACCAAAGUGGCCAAAGAUGUGAAACUCCUUUUCACUUGAUGAACAUUUCACUUCACCAUAUGAAAUGUCAGUUACCCAAUACCGUCCUGUGACAUAAUCAGACUCUCAACUGUGGGCCAAUGGCCAGGAGCACACUUUUCAUGGACUCAUACCAUUUUCCUUCAGGGAGUAUUGCGAUUUCUCACUGAAAUAGCUUUGUUAGCCAGACAUCUAUAGACUUCGUAUUUAUGUUUAAAUACCUUAGAUGGCCUAAUUAAGCACCAUGAGUAUGAUGGGGGCUGGUAGGGGUGUGAAUUCUGCUGAAUUUAUGUUAUGGCUUUCUUUUGUGUGUGUUUUUCUUGGUGUGGUCUGGUGAGUACCCUAGAAGGUUGGAACUCUCCCAAGUCAUAGCCAUACAACCACAUAGGGUUAGGAAAAGCCAGAUAAAUGCAGGAGAAUAAAAUCAAGUUGUCAAAGUCCCAAGAGCAGCACUGACUUCUUCAGGAACCCGAACAAAUUGAAAGCAAAGAUGAAAUGUAUAAAUGGUACCCAGGCCAUUUGUGGGUAGCCCACUGGACUAAGGCGCUGCCAUUUUCUGGGCACAGGUCCACAGUGAGUGGUUUCAGGAAUGUGAUUUUCUGGGUUGCUUUCUCUCCCCUUUGGACAGAUGAUUUUGAGAUGACGAGGUCAGAGUGGGGCCUGCCCUCAGCCCCCCCAAGGUUUAGAUGUUCCAUCUGCAAGCAUUACUUUGAGCAAAGUACUCCUGUGGUUUCCCGAGUUUCCUUUUAGUGCCAAUAUUAUCAGGUUAAAGCACCUUUAGUCUUUUCUGUUGCUGUUUUAAAAUAAUUUAUUUGUGAAGUGGAUACAAGAAACACUGGAAAUAGGGUGCUUCUUAUAAAAAAGUUCAAGUGUAAAACAUACAGACAAGGCCUUUGGUGAGUUUAUCUGGCUUUGUAAACAAGUCUGAGAAUGAAUGACAGCUAAAUAUAUAAAGCAGUUAGUUGUCUUUUACCAUUUUUAACUCAGAUCUGUAUUUAACACUUAUUUAUUUGUUAGUUUUUACAUUCAGAAGAAAUACACUUUCCACUUUGGCUAACAUUGUAGAAUGUUUUUCAAUUGUCUUCUGAUUUUUUAAAACAUGAUUUCAUCAUUUUUGUAAACUUAGACCAUUUUUGAAUAGCCUUUUUCUUUUCCAGUAGCCCAAGUACCACUCAUUGGUCUUCAGAACCUUUCUUUUUUACUGUAUUCUUUUAAUAAAUGUAAAAUAUUUCUAGCAAA